CGUACUCGGUGACAGCGGACAGGUGUAAACAAUUUCCCGGCAAACAAUAUUAUAUACGGUAUUAAAAAUAAACUAAAGUUUUAACUUAGAUAUCUAUACAAGUUUGUUCUUCAUCAUUGAAAAAAAUUGGAAAAAUGACUUGGAAUAAAAUAAAAUGUAACCGAAGAGAACUCCAAUUGGUAGGCACAUUAAACGGAGGUCAAAGUUUUAGGUGGGAAUAUAAUAAAGAAAUAGACGAAUGGAUAGGGGUGUUCUCCAAAACAGUUUGGAAAUUGCGCCAAGACGAUGAACAUUUACAGUACAAAGUUAUUGGGACAUUACUAAAUAAAACAUCUAAAACAACAAAACAAAGGUGCGAUGGUGAAAUCUUCAAGAAUUUACUAGAAAAAUAUUUCCGAUUGAACUUUAAAUUGAGUGAUUAUUAUAAAGAGUGGUCCAACAAAGAUAGUUUGUUUCAAUCAGCUUGUAAACAAUUUUACGGUAUAAGAAUGCUUUAUCAAGAGCCGGUGGAGAAUCUAUUUUCAUUUAUUUGUAGUCAGAAUAAUCACAUCUCUAGGAUAUCUACUAUGGUUGAGAAAUUGUGUAAGCAUUAUGGAGACAAGAUAUGUGAUCAUGAAGGUACAACAUAUUAUGCUUUUCCAGAUGUUGAAAAAUUAUCAAGUCCACAGAUUGAAGCGGAAUUAAGAGAUUUAGGUUUUGGCUAUAGAGCUAAGUUCAUUCAAAAAUCAGCAUCACAGAUAGUAGAGUGGGGAGGCGAACAGUGGUUCAAGAGCUUACAAGAAAUGAAAUAUAAGGAUGCUAGGCUGGAACUGAUGAAACUCUGCGGGAUAGGACCAAAGGUGUCAGAUUGUAUAUGUUUGAUGUCUCUAAACCACCUGGAGGCGCUGCCAGUUGACACACACGUGUACCAGAUAGCAGCUCAGAACUACCUGCCACACUUGAAGGGAAAGAAGAGUGUUACCGAGAAGAUGUACUCGGAAAUAGGAGAUCAUUUCAGAAUGUUGUAUGGUGAUAUGGCGGGCUGGGCUCACACUGUAUUAUUCUGUGCCGAUCUAAAGAAAUUCCAGCAAGAUGAGAAUUCGGUACCCACAGAAGAAAACCCUAGGAAAAGAAAGAAGAAAUGAUUUAUACGAAAGAACUUGUAAUUAAAAAUUUUGAAA